AUGAACACCAGCCUCUGGACCAAGGCGUCGCUGUCGGCCCGGCCGCUGGCGCCGGCAGCGCACGUGUGCCGAGCAUCGCGGACGAAGCAGACGGCCGCCCGGCGGACGUUCUCGACGACGACGACAGCGGCCACACUCCGCUCGACAUCCUCUGCGUGCUCGCAAAAGACACAGACACGCCAGCACAGCUCAGCCGCCUUCCGGCCAGCGUCCCGGCCACGGACGACGACGACGACGAUAACGACGACGACAAGUACGACGACGACAAGGACAACCGCAGCCAAGACCUCCUCCUCCCCCACCUCCUCUGCCCAACGGCGGUCCUUCCAUGCCACGGCCCCCGUUGCGGCCCAAAAGGACCCCUACAAGGUCCUCGGCGUCGACAAGACCGCCUCGUCCUCGGAGAUCAAGAAGGCCUACUACGGCCUCGCCAAGAAGUUCCACCCGGACACCAACAAGGACGCGACCGCCAAGGAGCGCUUCAGCGAAGUCCAGUCGGCCUACGAGAUUCUGUCCGACGCCAAGAAGCGCGAGCAGUACGACAUGUUUGGCGCCGCCGGCUUUGACCCCACGGGCGACCCCAGCGGCGCCGGCGGUGCCCACCCGUACGGCCCGGGAGCCAAUCCGUUUGACGGCGGCGGCAACCCCUUCCGUGGCGGCGGCGGCGGCUUCGGCGGCGGCUUCGGCGCCAACUUCAACUUUGAAGACCUGUUCCAGGCGUUUGCGGGCGGUGCGGCCGGCGGCCGGCGCGCGGGUGGUGGCGGCGGCGGCGGCUCGUCGUCGGCGGGCCAGGGCCGGAACCCCUUCCAGCAGGAGGUGCUUGUCGGCGACAACAUUGAAGUGCAGGCCAACAUCUCCUUCCUCGAGGCGGCCCGCGGCGUCACCAAGACCAUCACCAUCACGCCCCUCGUCACCUGCCACACCUGCACGGGCAGCGGCCUCAAGAAGGGCACCAAGCGCUCCAGCUGCCCGUCCUGCAACGGCACCGGCACGCGCGUGCACUUUGUCCAGGGCGGCUUCCAGAUGGCCUCGACCUGCGGCACCUGCGGCGGCACCGGCACCGCGGUGCCCCGCGGCGGCGAGUGCCGCACCUGCAGCGGCGACGGCGCCGUGCGCGAGCGCCAGACCAUCUCCGUCGACAUCCCCGGCGGCGUCGAGGACGGCAUGCGGCUGCGCGUCGACGGCCAGGGCGACGCCGCGCUGACGGGCCGCGCGGGCGGCGGGCCCGACUCGGGCGUCCGCGGCGUCCGCGGCGACCUCUACGUCUUUGUGCGCGUCGCCGCCGACGCCAAGUUCACGCGCGCCGGCGCCGACAUCCUGCACACCGCCACGGUGCCGCUGACCACCGCCGUCCUCGGCGGCGAGGUCACCGUGCCGACCCUCGAUGGGUCCGUCAAGGUCCGCGUCGCCACCGGCACCAGCACCGGCGACCGCGUCACGCUGUCCGGCAUGGGCAUGAAGAAGCUCGGCAGCAGCUCGCGCCGCGGCGGCAGCGGCGCCUCCGGCGACCUGCGCGUCGAGUUCCGCGUCGCCAUGCCCAAGUACCUGUCCGCCAACCAGCGCACCAUUGUCGAGAUGCUGGCCGACGAGAUGGGCGACAAGACGGCCAAGCGCAUCAUGAACGUCGGCCGCGCGACCGGUGCCGAUGCCGGGGCCGGCGACGGCCACAAGGGGCCGGCCUCCAAAGACGACGACCCGGCGUCGCACAACAACGAAGGCUUCCUCAAGAGCAUCUGGCACAACCUGACGAACCACCCAGCACACAAGCACGACGGCGAUGCCAAGGACAAGGCCGGCGGGAAGGGUGGCGGGAAGGGUAGCGAGACCAAGGGGACCAAGGCCACCAAGGAGACCAAAGAGGCCAAGACGGACGAAAAGAAGGACAACGAAAAGAAGCCAUAG